AUGACGGACAAAUCAGGCAACGCGAAGAAUGCAAGUCGCGUCAAUGAAGAAUUAAACACUAUAAAAGAAACAUUGUCGGUGAUUAAUACGCGCGAGCUCGUGCUCACCGUUCUCACGUCCAUCGUGCUCGUGCUCAUGUUAGCAAUCAUCGGAUUCAUGAUUUGCGAUCGCCGCAAAAAAAGCAAACAAGGAAGCGUCCCGCAGGCGAUUGUCAUUCAGCCGAAUGCGAACAGUGGCCGAAGUGCGCGCGCCACGGCCGCGGCCACCAAAUCCAAAGAGAAGCCCAAUAAGGUGUCCGUCUAUGAGAAGGACGUGCUUCCAUCGAAGAGCAUGAAGAUGAAGGUGAACAUCACGCAGAGUUCGGCCUCAUCAAAAUCGUCGAAGCGGAAAGGUGUGUCGGUGUCGGAUCGUCCAUCGAACGACGACAUCUCCUCGAUACCUAGUGUUCCGAUGGCGGUGAUUCCGCCGGCGUCCGGCAACACGACGCCGCCGGCCGCUUCAGUGCCGUCUUCGACGGAGCCCGUCAAGCCGGCGUCGAAGGAGGCCGAGUCGAUCGCGCCGCCCGUCAUCACCGUGGCGCCGCCAUCGGCCGAAUUGAAGACAUUGACGCCGGCGACUUCGGUUGAGAUGAGCACGGCGACUUCCGGCGACAAGAAGCGCGUCGAGAGCAAGACGAGCACUUCAAACGAUUCGUUCUCGUCGUUUACCGUAAAUGGUGACGAUCGCACAAAUGUAUCGAUUACGUCAAACCUUCCCGCGCCCACUAGUAAAUCGUCGGGUCUCAUCGCGACACCCACCGUAACCACGCUAUCCGGUUGCGAGCCAACCGCGUCGAAACCCACGCCUCUUUCAUCAACGACCGCCACCGGGGGUCCAUUCACAACGACAGCGACCGCCGGCACCGCCAGCCUCGCCGCCGACGCCAAUUCGACGAUUCCCGUCGCCAAGACGGCGAGCCCGGUGAUGAAGGCGCCGGACGCCGCGCCCACACCCACAAUAGCCACCGAGAAGAAGGUAAGCGAAUCGAUGGUUUUCGAUGUUCGACGUUUUGAGCACAUUUUAAGAUUUGAGGUGCCCGAACUGCUUCCUAGCUAUGGCACGUGGGUCUAG